GGGGCGCUGGUGUGAUCGAGCUCACGUAGCGAGGGCUGCAGUUGCCUCCUCCCCGGAGCUGCCAUCGCGGCCUAGAGGUUAUAAAAGGGCUAACUGGCUCCCUCUGCUGCCCAGUUGCGCCGCCAGCGGGCUGAGGGCAGGGAGUAGGUAGCCGUCCCGAGUGCAGGCGACAGGAACUGAAGAGCGCGCCGCCUUCCCGUCCCACUUUCCAGGUGUGUGAACCUGUAAAAUUAAGUCUUCCAAGAUGAUCUGGUGUAUUUUAAUCAUAGGGAUUCUACUUCCCCAGUCUUUGGCCCAUCCAGGCUUUUUUACUUCAAUUGGUCAGAUGACUGAUUUGAUCCAUACUGAGAAAGAUCUGGUGACUUCUCUGAAAGAUUAUAUUAAGGCCGAAGAGGACAAAUUAGAACAAAUAAAAAAAUGGGCAGAGAAGUUAGAUCAGCUAACUAGCACAGCAACAAAAGAUCCAGAAGGAUUUGUUGGGCAUCCUGUAAAUGCAUUCAAGUUAAUGAAACGACUCAACACUGAGUGGAGUGAGUUGGAGAAUCUGAUCCUUAAAGAUAUGUCAGAUGGCUUUAUCUCUAACCUAACCAUUCAGAGACAAUACUUUCCUAAUGAUGAAGAUCAGGUUGGGGCAGCCAAAGCUCUAUUGCGUCUCCAGGACACUUACAAUCUGGAUACAGAUACCAUUUCAAAGGGAAAUCUUCCAGGAGUAAAACACAAAUCUUUUCUAACAGCUGAGGACUGCUUUGAGUUGGGCAAAGUGGCCUAUACAGAGGCAGAUUAUUACCAUACAGAACUAUGGAUGGAUCAAGCACUAAGGCAGCUGGAUGAAGGCGAGGUUUCUACCAUAGAUAAAGUCUCUGUUCUGGAUUAUUUGAGCUAUGCAGUAUACCAGCAGGGAGAUCUGGAUAAGGCUCUUUUGCUCACAAAGAAGCUUCUUGAACUAGAUCCUGAACAUCAGAGAGCUAAUGGUAACUUAAAAUAUUUUGAGUAUAUAAUGGCUAAAGAAAAAGAUGUCAAUAAGUCUGCUUCAGAUGAGCAGUCUGAUCAGAAAACCACAAUGAAGAAAAAAGGGAUUGCUGUGGAUUACCUGCCAGAGAGACAGAAGUACGAAAUGCUGUGCCGUGGGGAGGGUAUCAAAAUGACUCCUCGCAGACAAAAAAAGCUGUUUUGCCGCUACCAUGAUGGAAACCGGAAUCCUAAAUUUAUUCUGGCUCCCGCCAAACAAGAGGAUGAGUGGGACAAACCUCGUAUUAUUCGUUUCCAUGAUAUUAUUUCUGAUGCAGAAAUUGAAAUCGUCAAAGAUCUAGCAAAACCCAGGCUGAGCCGAGCUACAGUACAUGACCCUGAGACUGGAAAAUUGACCACAGCACAGUACAGAGUAUCUAAGAGUGCUUGGCUUUCUGGCUAUGAAGACCCUGUAGUGUCUCGAAUAAAUAUGAGAAUUCAAGAUCUAACAGGACUCGAUGUUUCCACAGCAGAGGAAUUACAGGUCGCAAAUUAUGGAGUUGGAGGACAAUAUGAACCCCAUUUUGACUUUGCACGGAAAGAUGAGCCAGAUGCUUUCAAAGAGCUGGGGACAGGAAACAGAAUUGCUACAUGGCUGUUUUAUAUGAGUGAUGUGUCUGCAGGAGGAGCCACUGUUUUUCCUGAAGUAGGAGCUAGUGUUUGGCCCAAAAAAGGAACUGCUGUUUUCUGGUAUAAUCUGUUCGCCAGUGGAGAAGGAGAUUAUAGUACACGGCAUGCAGCCUGUCCAGUGCUAGUUGGAAACAAAUGGGUAUCCAAUAAAUGGCUUCAUGAACGUGGACAAGAAUUUCGAAGACCAUGUACCUUGUCAGAAUUGGAAUGACAAAUAGGCUUCCCUUUCCAUUCCUAUUGUUGUACUCUAAUUAGUGUCUGAUACAGUUCCUAGUCCUAACCUUUGAGAGUUUACAAUUGACUAACACUCCAUGAUUGAUUCAGUCAUGAACCUCAUCCCGUGUUUCAUCUGUGGACAAUCACUUUGUGGGUUUUUUCCUUUUAAAAUAGUAAAUCACCACAUUGCAUAGAACUUUAAAGUUCAGUUGAUACCACAGGAAAUGAGGCAAAGUUAAAAAUGAAGAAUUUUAUAUUUUAAAGAAUUUUUUUGGCAGGAUAAAAUAUAAUUGUGAUUUUAAUAUUCCACUAUAUCUCCAUUGUUGUGUAGUAGGCCAGAACAAAUGCCUUACAGUGUCAUACUAACCAAGUCUUCCUGUUUAUUUUCUGAAUCUGCUCAGACAAUAGUAAUAAUCUAGGGCUCUGAUCUGGGUUCUAGAUGGUUGCCCCCUCCAUACACUAUUCAAAGCUGUUUUGGUUUGGGUAAGUUUUUAAAGAAAAUGUAUUUUGCUACUGCCCCUCUUUUCUCAUAGCUCCUCUUUAGUGAAUUAAAUGAGUUAAAAUACUUAAGUUUUUUUAACAGAAAGUCUUCCAUAACACUAGGCAUUUUUGUCUUUUUCAUUUUUCUUAAAUGACUGAUUUUUUUUUCCCGGAAAUUUUGUUGUUUCUUAGUGCCAGUACCUUGCAUCUUAUUCCUACUAUAGCAGGGUGGUGAUGUUGGCAUUCUGAUUAAAUAUUGUGCCUUAUAAGACUGGAAUUUUAAAAAUGUACAGGUCCUUUCAAUGAGGGAAUUGAUUUUUUAAAAAAUACUUCUUAAAAAACCAAAAUGUUUUUUAAAAAUUCUGAAAUGUGUUGUGACAACGACCUAUUUAUGAUCUUAAAUCUUUUUUUAAAAUGUU